AUUUUGCAGUUGGAAAUUACCAAGAACAGCCCACUAAAAGUGGCAUUUCCUUUUGCGCUCAGGACAAUCCAUAAUUCACAUGUCUAUUAGAAGAAAUUAAAAGACUUAUAUACCCUUGUUUGCUGGAAAGUUCUUUGAUUUAUAGUCAUAGUGUGCCACGCUGCUACGGGAACUUGGAACCUAUCCGGACUCCAGUGUCUCAGACGCGGUCUUCGUCUCUCCCUCUCUGAUCAGUUCAGAUGCUUGUUGGGAAAAUGAUCAAAGGCAGAGCAGUGACAUUUUUGCUCUUCUUGGCCUUUAUAUUCACCCCUUCGCAAGCGAGGUCAAUCAUUCCUCUGCCGCAGCCUUUCAGAUCCUUCAAGAUCAACACCACCCAGAAUGCCAAUAGCUGUUCUUACACAGUUCAGAUAACGACAAGCUGUUCCUCAACACGGUAUACCCGAGACCAUAUCAGUCUCGCAUUUGGAGACGCUUAUGGCAAUCAGGUUUAUGUUCCCAGAAUAGAUGAUCCAUAUUCAGCAACAUUUGAGAGUUGCUCUACAGAUACGUUUCAGAUAAAGGGGCCUUGCACAUACCAGAUUUGCUAUUUGUACCUCUACAGGAGUGGCUAUGAUGGCUGGAAACCAAAUAGUGUGACUGUGUAUGGGUAUAACACUAGGUCAAUUACAUUUACCUACAACACUUUUAUUCCUAGUGGUGUUUGGUAUGGCUUUAAUUAUUGCAAUGGAGCCUCCUCAGCCUCCAUUUGAACUUUACUGGUAGGGUUUUUGUCCUGUCAUUUUGGGGUGUUGCAUGGUGGUACAAGUUGUAAGCAGUCAGCAGUAAGCACAGCACAGAGCUUUCUCUCACAUCUCCAUUCUAAAUGAGAAUAAAAGGUCUCUAUUCUAAGACAA